GGGAUUGGGGACGAAACUCGGAUGGGGUGCGGAGGUAGUUGUUCCAAUGUUCUCGCUCCUUCCCCACCCAGCUCUCCUGCCCUCGCAAUUCCUAUCGACCCCAACUUGCUGACACUCUGCAAGUUUCACCCCGCAGCUUCGCCGCCGUUCUUGCAUUGCUUCUGUUACCUUGGCUUCUUCAGAAGGCAUCCCUUUGAAUUGAGGUGUAGAAGACCUUACCAGCUCCAGCUUUGUUCGUUUGGCCGCACGGUUGUUGUCUGGUGAAUAUCCUGGAAUUAAUUACAAAUAAAUCCUCAAUGCGGGGAAGAAGACCAGGAGACUGAAACAGACAGAACAACACAUUAAUAGACCUGAAAAAGACUCGAGUGCUGAACUCUGGAGGGCUUCUGCACCCCGGUCAGAAGACCAGUGUGAAGAAUGGAUCAGAUUGCAUUUGCAACACACCUAAAAUUUCUUGGAAAUGAAGCAUUUAAGCAAAAGAAAUAUCACGUUGCACUCCAAAGGUAUGAUGCGGCUCUGCAAAUCCUUCAACGUUGGCAACCAGAAGGAAGGGAGUUAGCUGUGCUCUUCUGCAACAAAUCCAAUGCCCUUUAUAACCUGGAAUUGUGGCAAGAAGCUCUUCAAUCUGCUCACUUUGCUACUGCCAUGGACCAUACUUAUAUUAAGGGCUACUACUGGGCUGGAAAUUCUUCACUGAAGAUGCAUAAUAAUGAGCUGGCUUGUCGUUUCUUCUACGAAGGGUUAAAUGUCUUGGAUGAUGAUCGAGGCAGAAAUCAGAACCAGAUUGCAGAUUUCGUUGUUGGAAUCCUGAUAGCUCAGGGGACAGAUCGCAGGACUUUUGAGAUCCUAAAAUGGAAAAGUUACAGUCCCCGGAUUUGGCAAAUAGUUAUAGAUAAAGCUGCAAUUAAAAAUUUAUGGAUGGCUCUUUAUCUUGCAGUUUGCGAAUGUAGAUGUAUCCCAAGAAACAACUACAGUGCCAAGCAAAUUCCACUUAAGAACCUAUUCGGGUGUGUCCCUCCUGGGGUUGAACCAGUGCGUCAAUGUACGUGGAUAAUAAAACUUUUCCGUGCCUUAGUGACUCAGCAUGCAAACGUCGAGAGUAUUGGACCAUUUCCACUUCAUUCCAUCCUCAAACUUGCUAUAAGGACCAAUGAUAAAAAACUCUUUAAGUGGAUUCUAAAUCAAAAACCAUCCCUGAACGACACAAUUAACCACCAGGAUGAAGAUGGCCAAUCUCUUUUACAUAUAGUGGCUUCUUGGCACACAAUGGCAAAUGGAUAUAGUCGGAAUUGUCAGACUGAAGAUGUCCGCACUCUUCUACAGUUAGGAGCUGAUCCCAGCGUUCCUGAUAGAUUAAACCAGCUUCCAGUUGAUUAUCUGCGGAAAAAUAAGAACAUUGUAGCAGUGGAUUUGAUCAAUGAACACUGUACAGCUUUCUCAGCAAACCGAGCAUUCAAAGAAACAGCAAGCCAGGUGGAGGAGUGUAUGUCUGCUUUCCCUGUUGUUACAUUGGAGGAGGCUGCUGCACAACUUAAGCAGUUUUGUGACUCACUUGACAGAGAGAAGCCAUGCAAAAACUUGUUAGCCCAAAGACAAGUUCAAGUGUUUUUGCAACAGCUCUCCACACAGACAGAGAUUAGCACAGCCACUUUAACUGACAUGGACCCUAAAUUUGUAACCAACUUGAUAAAGCAACUUCUUCACAAAUGUAAAUGGGAUGAAGCUUUGCGCCUACUGAAUGUGGGAUCUAAUGAAAUGCAAAGCAAAGAAACUGUUUUGAGAUACGACUUUUCAGAUUUGAAUUUUUGCCCAAUUAUGUGCAAUCUUAACCAGCAUGACAACAAAGAAAUAAUUCUGCAAAAAUUAAUAGAUUCUGGAGCUCCUGUCUGUGGAAUUGGUAGUCAAGAAUCUCCAAUGCAGUUUUCGCUGAGAAAGGAUGAUUUCAAGCUUGUGCAUUUCUUGUUGAAAAAUGGGGCAAAUCCACGUGAUCUUAGUAUAAUGCGAGGUGACACUCCUCUUCAUGCUGCAGUUUAUAUUGUUCUGGACAAAAAGGAUGAGUUUGGCUUGCACAUAUUGAAAUAUCUGUUGGAGAACUACAACUCUGAAUCAAGCUUCCCAAACCUCAACGCCAGCUCUCAAGAUAAGGAUGGAAAUACUGUGUUGCACAUCAUGUUUCAGAGACCCUUUUCAAAAAACCAUGAGGAAAUAAUGGAUAUGAUAACCAAGUUUGAAAUCAAUGACAGGGUGAAAAACAAGGAUGGGAAGCUAUUUUCCUACAAAAUUAAGAAAGAUGACCAGCGGAUGAUUGUGUGGAAUAAAGUGAAAUCACGUUAUCGAAAGAAAAGAGAACAAAAUGACCAAAACCAGAAGGCACGGACAUCAAAGAGUAUGAAAAAUGUAAUGCAUGUUAAGUGCCCCUCUCAUCAGACAACAGAAAUACCAUGCGCUCUACAGUCUCAGGAGUGUGAUCUUAAUAGUGCCAGUUCUCAAGCAGUAGAAGGACCAUCAUUAAAGUUAUUGAAUGAAGAGCAUGUUUUAUCUACUCAGCAAAUUGUUGCAAAUGAAAUUGCAAAAUUGAUUCAACAAUUUCAUGUCAUUGAGACAACAACAGAAGAACACCCUUUAAAAAUGCCCCUUUCUGAUGGCCAGCUGAGUGACGCAACUCAGGCUAAGUCUGAAGUUCUCAAAGCAGACUUUUAUCAAAAUGCUGCUAAUGUUGAAGCUGUAAUGUUGAAUGGGGCUGGUGAUAUAGAGCAUCAAAACCUGAUACCAGAAGAAGUGACCAAUUUACAGGACCUGGAUUUUGAUAAUAUGACGUGGGAGAUUGAAUGCACAUCGGAAGUACUGAAGAAGCUUGGCUCUAGAGAUGUACCUCAGCACAUGAAGACGAAAACUAUAAAAGCGAUUCAACAACUUGGUAAUGGAGAAUGGACACAAAGCCUCCAGAAACCACUCAAGUACCUGAAAAGCCCCAUCAAACUUUACGAAGCCAAACUUGACAAAGGGGCACGAAUGCUGUGGGAGCUUGCAGUGGACUUUUCACCCCGCUGCAGUGAAAAACCAGAGAAGAUCUUUGAAUCAGAGCUUUCUUCCCAUCCUCAGGAGCGAGUCACAGGAAGGAUAUAUAGUGAGAUCAUUCGAAUCUGGGAUAUUAUCUUGGAUCACAAUAAGGUUGAUCGAGCCUUGACAGCAAUUGCCAGUUCAUACAACCGCGGAGCAGCCUGCAGCCUCCGGAAGAAACUUAAAGGUAUAAGCAAAGCUGUGUUUACCUCAAACUUAAAUGCCCAAAAGAAGAUCCCAUUGAUCUUUGUAGAAUAUGUCAAUUGGAAAGAACUGAAAGAAAAGCUACCAGAAUACUUCCCACCUGCCAGUGCAGUGGAGACAGAAUAUAACAUAAUGAAGUUCCAUAGCUUUAGUACUAAUAUGGCUCUUAAUAUCAUUACUAAUCUGGAAUCCAGGGUUGAAUAUCCUUUUAGAGUGGGAGAAUUGGAGUAUGCAAUAAUUGACCUUGACCCCAAACCAUUGGAAGCAAUCAUUCUCAUUGGACGAAGUGGAACUGGGAAGACCACUUGCUGUCUGUACAGACUUUGGAAACAUUUUCAGCUCUACUGGAAGAAGGUAGAAGAGGUUGGCAGCCCCCUGCUGGUGCGACAGCUUUGGCUUAAGAAGAAAUCUCAGGUUGACAGUGAAAAGGAUGAAGCAGUGAUUGACUCAUCAGAUUGCGCUAAUGGGGAGAAUGAUUUUCAAUGUAAUGCACAAAAUUGUGAUUUGCAUCUGAAUGAAGCAUCACUUACUACUUGUGACAGUGAAUUGACACAUCAUCAUGAAGAUGAGCCAGAAGAUGAUACUGGUAUCAACCAACUUGAGCACUUGCAUCAAAUUUUUGUCACCAAAAACCACGUCUUGUGUCAGGAAGUCUUGAAAAACUUUAUUGAGCUUACCAAAUCCACCAAAGCCACAAACCAUUUCAAACCUCCUGAUCUCACAUUUUAUAGACUUCAGGAUAUUAAUGAUGAGAAUUACCCCCUAUUCAUGACCUCUAAACAAUUGUUGCUGUUGAUUGAUGCAUCCUUGCCAGAACCCUUUUUCCCUCGGAAUGAAGAUGGCAGUCUAAAAAGGAACAUUGCGGGGUGGUCUGUUCAAGAAGAAAUGACAAUACCAGAUUUGCAUGGUGAGGAUGAAGAAGAAGAGUAUGAAGGAGAGUUUCUAGAUGAUGAACAAAUGGCUGUAGAGGAUCACAGCAAAGAAUUUGAUCCUCGUAUCUUUGUUUCUUAUGAAGUAUUUGCAUGUGAUAUUUGGCCCAAAAUGGUAAAAGGAAAACCACAGUUUAAUCCUGCUUUGGUGUGGAAGGAGAUCAAAUCCUUCUUAAAAGGUUCUGUUGAGGCUUUAAAUAGCCCUCAAGGCUGUCUAACAGAAGAACAGUAUAUUAACCUGGGGAAAAAAAGAGCACCAAACUUCCGUGAAGACAGAACAGAAAUCUAUUCCUUCUUUCAGAUGUACCAGCAAAUAAAAUCACAAUACGGAUACUUUGAUGAGGAAGAUUUGUUGUACAGCCUUUCCUUGCGACUGUCCAAAUUAGAUGAACUUCCGUGGUCCAUUCAUGAACUGUAUGGUGAUGAAAUACAGGAUUUUACACAAGCAGAGCUUGCAACCCUCAUGAAGUGCAUCAAUGACCCAAAUUCUAUGUUCCUUACUGGUGAUACAGCUCAGAGCAUUAUGAAGGGUGUGGCUUUCCGCUUUAGUGACCUGCGUUCCCUGUUUUAUUAUGCCCGUGAUUCUAGUCAAAGCAAUAAGAAACAGUAUCAUGUAAAAGUGCCAAGCAAAAUAUAUCAGCUACAUCAGAACUACCGGUCACACUCAGGAAUUUUGAAUUUGGCUUCGGGUGUGGUGGAUCUUCUCCAAUAUUAUUUUCCGGAAUCCUUUGAUCGCUUGCCAAGAGACACUGGGCUCUUUGAUGGACCAAAACCUUCACUGCUGGAAUCCUGCAGUGUCAGUGACUUGGCUAUUUUGCUUCGAGGAAAUAAACGGAAAUCCCAGCCAAUAGAAUUUGGAGCUCAUCAGGUUAUUUUGGUUGUGAAUGAAGCAGCCAAGGAUACAAUCCCAGAGGAGUUAAGUCUUGCACUUGUUCUGACUAUAUAUGAAGCUAAAGGUCUGGAAUUUGACGAUGUCCUCCUUUAUAAUUUCUUCACUGAUUCUGAGGCUGAUAAGGAAUGGCGGGUCAUCUCUUCCUUUCAACCUUCACCUCAGUCAAAAGACCACCAAGAAGUAUUACUAGCUCAACCUUUGGAUGAUGUCGUUCCUCAAAGCAGGCCCCUUGCAUUCAAUUCAGAGAGGCACAAGCUGCUGAAUUGUGAACUAAAACAGUUGUACACAGCCUUCACAAGAGCAAGGGUGAACCUGUGGAUAUUUGAUGAAAACAAAGGAAAACGUGCCCCAGCCUUUGAAUACUUCAUCAAAGGACAUUUUGUCAAUGUUGUCAAAACCAAUGAAGAUAAAGAGCUCGAUGACAGCAUGUUUGUUAAAACUUCGACAAAACAAGAAUGGACAGAAAGAGGCGACUACUUUGCAAAACAUCAGUGUUGGAAGGUUGCUGCCAAAUGCUAUCAGAAGGGUGGAGAGUUGGAAAAAGAGAAACUAGCACAAGCUCAUGAUGCUGUUCUCAAUGUACAAGUCAAGAAAAAAAGCUCAAGGGAAAUUCAGAUGGAAUACCUUCAACUGGCUAAGACGUACCUGGAGUGCAAGGUUCCAAAACUCUCGCUGAAAUGUUUGAGAAAUGCAAAGGAGUUCAAACUUUGUGCUGAAUUGCUUGAGAAAUUAGGAAAGGUGGGAGAAGCAGCUACCAUGUACAGAAGAGCUCAGUGCUACAGACAAUCUGCAAGGUGUUUUGAACAACUGUGCCAGUUUGAAAUGGCUCUCAAAAUGCUCUGUUGUGGUGAAUUGUAUGAAGAAGCCGUACAGGCUGUGUUGAGGUAUGAAGCAAUACUUCGUGAAAAGAAAGAGCCUUUUACUAAACUUCCAUACUCUGUGGAUCAGUUCCGGUUAGAAGCUGCUGCAAAGUAUCUGAGGGAAAACAAACUCACUGAAAUGAUGGAGCCUUUGUCUCUGCUGGACCUUGAAGACCAGCUAGUUUUCUUAAAGUCAAAUAAGUGUUGGCCUCAAGCAGCUGAGCUGCUGAAAAACCGCGGUCGAGCAGAGGAGGCUGCCAUGUUAAUGCGGGAGCAUGGGAGGCUCCAGGAAGCAGCAGAGCUUUCAAAUCAGAAGGAAUUUCAAGCCGAAUGUCUUAUUGCUACAGCCCGAUUGAGCCUUCUGAAACAAAGGAAUAAAGAAAGAAGUACAGUAGAAAAAUCAGCUGUCCAAGAAAUGCUGGAUGAAGCAACUACCCUCUUGAAAUCUGUAAAAAGGCAUUCCUCUAACAUAGCAGAAGCUGUGCUACUGGAAGGGCUUCUGAGAGAGGAGACGACUCUGAUUGAAAGGGCUCUUACAUUGUUUGUUCGUGAAAAUAAUGGUGCUGGAGCUAUGGAAAGCCUAUUUUAUUUAAUGCAGAAAGACACUAUGGUUUCGUCGUAUUUUGAACAAUCAUUAACUUGUCUGGAGUUGUUGUUGAAGUUAAUGAAAGCCCUUGAGAAUCCACAGAAUAAUGCUCAGAAAGAGAUGGUGAAAGCUUGCUAUGCAUUUUUUGGAAUUUUACCAGAGAAUGUUAAAUAUUGCAGAAUCCCAGUAUAUGAAGGAGUAUGGUUCUUUGAACUAGUUUUUGACCCCGAUCUUAAUGAGAAGCAAGGCAGUUUUUACCAAUGUGAAAUGAAAGAAAUUAAAACCUUGUUACAGAAGCAUUUCUUGCUUCGCCUUUGUGACUUUGCUGGAAAACUCAAGUCAGCAGGACAAAAUAUUCCAGAUGUUUGUUCUAAGUUUAUUUGUGGCUUGCCCUGUGGGUUGGAGUCCUGUCCAGAUUUACAUAAGAUUAUGAAAAGGCAUGAAGCAAAACGUUCUCUUGAAGCUAAAGUGUAUCUGACAGUUCUGAAUGGGAUUUUGCUCGAAGCUAAACUUCUCUGGCCUGAAAAGAAUUUUGCAGAGGUUAAGAAAAUUGAAGAGAUCCUCACUGGAAAUCCUUAUGCUUUAUGCACCUUAAUGAUGAAUGCACUUUACCCAAAACAUUUCUUUCGCAGCAUUAUAUCUGCCAACCCUGCUGCUUGCUAUGAGGUCCUGGGAUUAGUUAAAAGAAAUGAUUACCAAAGUUUCAGGUCUGUACUGAAGGCGUACUUGGAUCACUGCUUUAAAUGUUCCUCAGUUCAGGAGCGAAGAGAAUCAACAGAUUUUUGGUUUCACGUGCAACAAGUGUAUCUUCUAACUUCUGACUAUGCCAAGAUUGACGAGCUUCUCUCUAAAGAAGAGCAAGCGUAUGACUCUGAACGAAGGCAUUGUGAUUGCUUCACAGAUGAUCAGAACAAAAGGAUGAAAAAGAGAUCUCCAAAAGGCAGGCUUGGGAUGUUGCCCACCAACACGCUACAUUUGUGUAUUUUCAGACUGCUGUUUAUGUCUAUGAAAAAUUUCUAUGAAAGCUCAGACCCAGAGCAGUGUAUUCAUAAUUUUUUCCGGUUCAUGAAUGUGCUCGUUAGAAGAUGUAGGGAUCCUCUCAUCCCCAGUAUUGCCAACACUGUUACGGUUCUUGAAUUCCAAUUCAUUUUAUGUUCUUGUGUCCUUAUGCAUCUUACAAAGAAUCUUGUUGUCUGUCUUCCACGAAGCUUUAUUGCUCUUCUCCAUUAUUGGAACUUCAUGUUCAAAGGACAGUUCAGACAUACAAAACCAAAAAACAUCUUUAGCAUUAUAAAUGACUAUAAACCAAAGGAAGUGCCCAAAGUGGUUUACAGAAUGAGGCGACAUUUAUCCUACCUGGCCUCUGUCUUGUGUGGUGAACGGGACAAAGACUUCAAUGUUCUUCUGGAUGCUUUCAGUGAUCCAGACUAUACUUCCUCAGGAGAGGCAGAGAGGACAGUGGUCCUUUGCCUGGUAAUGUUGAUCAAUGCAAGACAAGUUCUAGAACCUUGGGCAACAGAAAUGAUCAGAUGCAACUUCAGGAACGUGGGAAAGAAGCUGAUAAAACUCUCCCAGUACCAUGAGACAAAGAUUCCCGCAAGAUUAAGAGAUCUUGUUGAAAAAGUUAAUGGAGCACAAAGUGUUAAAGAUGUAGUCAGCAGUCUUCAAGAGUUACUGAAUAAAAGGGAUGAUGAGAAUUUACAUGACUGCAUUUGGAAAUGGGACCACUAUUCUGGCCCUGGAUUUGUGCGAGGUAUUUAUUUUCGAAACCUUCACAUUGAAAAUUUUACUGAUGAAUAUCAAUCAAAAAAUAAUGAAAUGGUAGCCAUCCCAGAUGAAGAUAUUGCUGCUGAUGCUGCUCAGUAUCUUGAAGAAAAAGAUGAUUGUCUACAGGAUGUGGCUUCUCAAUUACGGAAAGCAAUUGUGAGAAGUAAAUGGCAAAGUUUACUACAUGUAAUUAGUGUGUGCAGAUACUUGCUAACGUUGAUGACAGUUUCGGAUGUAACCCAGCAAAUGGAAGAGGUUCCCAGCCACUUCAGAGAAGCACACAUAGAUGAGACACAGUGUGAUAUUUGUGGAGUAAAGUUUACAAGAAAUGCUAAAGGUUUUGCUGAUAGCCAGGAGCAGGAAUUUGAAGAGACCUUUGAUCAGACCUCAGAAAACUGGGAAGAAAAUGAAAAUGAAGAACAUGGUGAAGAUUUUGAAAACCAUAUCAGGCAUGAAGAACACAAGAGGAAAGAAGCUGUCUAUAAAGCUUACUUGGAUUACUUCAGAAUUUCUGUGGAGCCUAUCAUGGGCAAAGGCAGAACUUUGCUCCAUUGCCUUGAGGAAGUGGCGACAGAACAUUUGACAUCAAAAGAAUUAACGAAAGUGAAGUAUGGAAAACUGAAGAGCAGUAUGGCUGCAGUUGUAGAUUUAAUAGACAAUAUCUACAACCAAAAGAUCUGGAUAAAAGGUGAAGAAAUGUUGUCGCUGAAAAUUGAAAGCCUCCAGAAAAUUGUAGAUAGCACUGACCUAUGGCAGAAGCAAUCUUGCAACCUGAACGAUGAUGGGCUUGAAGCUAACCAGAGUACAGCUGAUUUUCAAGGCAUCGAAGAUGGUCAUGAAAAUUUUGAUGAACUGUGCUCCAAGAAGAAAAAGAAGUCCUCAAAAAAGAAAAGGAAGCGUUAAUUUGGAGCUAUAUUUGUACAAUGAUUGAAGGUUUGGGGUAUCAAUCAUUUUCCAUGUAAAUAUAUAAUUCUGCAUUUAUUGAAAAUAUAUUCUUGUAUAUUGGUUAGAACUCUUCUUAACAAUUUAGCAAAGGCCAGAUUUUCUCACCUGUUUACCAAUACCUUUAUAGCAUUUUUCAUAGUAACUUUUUCAUCAUUUUUAGUUAUGUUCUUGGAAUUCUGAUGUGAUGUACAGUCAAUAUAUCCCUAUGAAAACAUUUUGUAUCAAUGUGUCAGAGUAUCAUUGUUUAGAUAGGCGUAAACUUCUCUAAUUAUUAGUGGACCACAAGACUUGUAUCAGGUGCAAGAAUUAAUGCAUUCUGAUAUAUACCAGAAAUAAAAUGUAAGCCUGAAUUGCUUUUAUUGAGUAUUACCUCUAAAUGCUAGGGCCUCCUCUAGGCAAAAUAGAGUUAAUAUGUUCUCAACUGUUUUAAAGGUUUUAAUUUCUUGAUACCAAUGUUAUAAUUGCUGUAUUCGAAAUUUUAUAUUGACUGGUUUGAUGAAAGCAUUGUAAACUUAUCAUUUAAGUAUGAUUAAGUGUUUCAAAUGUUUUUGAGUACAAUUGGAAAUUAUAUUUUUAGGUAGACAAUUUGGACCAAGAUCAACAGAGGGCUGAUUCCCUUAUAAAAUAUAGAGGAAGUGUUGUAUACUAUAAAUAAAAUAAUGAUUUGAAUAUAAGAAUUGUUUGGCUGGUAGGUAAAGUUAGGGUCCAGUUGAGUCAGUCAGUUCAAGUACCACAACUUGGAGAUUUUUCUAAGAUUUCAAAUUGCAAUGGUAUAGUUUAAAUUACGCUAUUUAAGAGUAGGCCAAUAAGCAAACCUGAUCACUGGCAUGGAGCUUUACUUUUUUUCUUUUGAAAGAUUGAUUCCUUUCAAUAAAUGCCAGUAAGUAACAUGAUUUCUGGUCUCCAAUCAUUUAAGACAUUUUUACUCAUAAAACCAUAAGAGCAGAAAUAGACCAUUUGGCCCAUUUAGAACCUUUACUAUUGAAAUGAGAACUUUUCAAGACAUAGAUGAUUCCUUUUGCAUUAUUUGGAAUGUGAUUACAAAUUUGUUGAUUACUUGUAGAAGAAAAUUUAAAAAAAACAGAAGUACAAGCUGACUUUCAAGUGCUGAACAACCUUUGAAAUAGUUUUUGUUCUUGAAACUAUCUCCAGAAGCUCCAGUUUCAACCCACAUUCCAAAGAUGUAUGGUUAGUAGGUUAAUCGGUCACACUGAGCAGUGUGAAGGGCCUGUUACUGUAAUGUAUCUCUAAAUAAAAAUAAAAGAUUUCAAAGAAAACAAUUAGCAAAUAACAAUAUACUUUAACAAUAAUUUUUUUUUCCCAGGAAAUGGUGAGUAAAAUUUUUCACCAGCUGACAAACUUUUUUCUAGAAGGCCAUGUUAGUCUUUAUUUUUGUUAAAAUUUUUAACAAUUGUUCGAAAGAUUUUGAUCUGUAAAAUGUAAAAACUGAAGUAAAACAUU